CACAAGUACGUAUUGUAUUGUUUUUUUUUUAUUUUGUCUUUCAAUCAUAAAAAGUCGACACAAUUUGGAUCGAUUAUUUUGGAUUUUUUUCUGAAUUUUUUUUAUGUUUUUUUUUUUUUGAUUUUUCACAUAUAUUGUUGUUGACAACUUCAUACGGUAAUGUUCUCGAUCUUUUAUUCUAUGGUCAAAGCAAUGAUGAUUGUUGAAUGUUCAACCGUCUAAUAAGAAGAUUUAAUGCCAAAAAAUUUGGCAAGAAAAUAAAGUUCAAUGGACAUUGGGCAUCCAGUAUUAUAAAAGUGAAAAAAAAUCGAAAAAAAACCACCACAAAAAUGUCACAAACACAACGGAAUCGAAUAUUUCCAAAUCAUCAUAAUGGUGGUGUUGUUGGUGAUCGUAAUCAUCCAUAUCGAACAUGGUAUCAUAAUUCAAUGGAUUCACUUACGUUAGACGAUACAAAUAAUCAAACAAUCAAACAGAAAUCGAUACAAAAAUAUGGAAAUUUCAAUUCAUUAUUUCGUAGUUCACAAUCCACAGUUGAUUUUCAAUAUUUUCAUGAUUAUCUUUGGCAAUUGGAAUCAUUGGCACGAAUGAUUGGAUUCAAUCUUUUCGAACGUGAAUUUCUACCAAAAGAUGGUGGUCAAUUAAAAACCAUUGAAGAAUGUAUUGAUCGUCCAAAUAUGCGUAUCAAUGGUGAUUCAAAACGAUUCUCUAUCAUUUUCUGGCGUUUAUUAUUGACCGUGCUGUUAAUCAAUCAGAUUUUCUGUAUUGGUUGGAUAAUUUAUUGUGAUGAAAAAAUUGAUGAUGAACAUGAGCAAUUGAUUAGUUUGUAUGUGGGUGAUAUACUCAUAGCAUUCGGUACACAUGUAGAUCUUUUAUCAUUACAUUUAUUCGGAUUUUGCUGGGUAUUGAAUGCAACUUUUUGCUACUUUUGGAUCACACGAAAACGUAAUCAAAUGCGUAAAUGGCUCAUCAAGUUUGAUGGUUUAUACACGGAAACAUCUUAUUAUGUGAAUAAAGAUAUUGAACCAGAAUUUCGACAACGAAUGAAAUCGGCAUUAUGGUGGGCAAAAUUAUUCAUCAAAAUAUCCUUGAUUGGUACAGUUGUAAUAAUUGUUAGUUUGUCAUUCAUUUCAUUUAAAACUGACAUCGGUUAUCGUUUAUUCACCAAUGAUAAUCAUGGUCAAAUAGCUAUUAUAAUACAUUUUAUAUGGUUUAUAUUCACACUCAUAAUUGGAUGUUUAACGAUGAUAAUCAAUUGGACAGCAUUAGGUCAUCAUUUUAUAAUCUGUCAUGCAAUACAUAUUCGUUAUGAUGAAAUUAAACGUGAUCUAGAAUAUGCUGUAUUGAGUGAUCGUUCUGUUCAUACGAAACCUGAACAGCUAAGCGGUCUAAUUAUAAAACAUUAUAAUGUCGGUGAAAUGGUUAAACAUGCAAACAAACAUCUUAAAUUUUAUCUAUUCAUAUUCUAUAUGAUAUUUGCACCACAUAUUUGUUUCGUAUCUUAUCAGAUAAUAUUUUCAACAAAAUAUACUCCUCAAGGAAGAUUAUUAUUAGCUGCAAUAAUGAUGGUUGGUGAUCUAUUCCAGGUCUAUUAUGUUUCAGUAUUAUCGGCACAGAUCACUACGAAAGCACAUGAACCAUAUUAUGCAAUGCAUGGUGUUAAUAAAUUUGAUAAUUUACCAGAAAGCGUUCAAUUACAAUCAACAUUAUUCAUGCAACGUAUAUCGAAUACAACGACCGGUUUAACAAUAUUGGAUUCAUUCGUAUUAACCAGUGGUCUUAUAUCAAGUAUGUUAACGGCAAUAAUUACCUAUUUUUCGGUCAUUCUUGAAAGUUCAUAAAUGGGGAUUCUAACAAGAAAAAAUUUCCAUCAAAUCUCAAAUAUCUCAAGAUAGAAUCGUAGUGUUUUAAUGUUUUUUUUAAAUGACAAUCCAAAAAAAGAAAGUCAAUAAUUAAUUUAGUUUUAUUC